GCACGUUAUUGACUCUUUCAUGCAGGUUCGGGGAGAGCAGUGGGGUUGAUCCCAGUCGAUGGAAUUCUCUCUCUAAAUCAGGAGAUCUGCCUAAAUAUGGGGUCAGCAUGGUGUGCUGGGGAGGAGAAGCGGGUCGGUACACGCACCGUGGUGGUCGGGCACCGUCCUGUUUCAGAAACAGAGGCGUGUGUGGCACAGAAGUUCUGCGACAACAGGAUUGUCUCCUCCAAGUACACCCUCUGGAACUUCCUCCCGAAGAACCUUUUUGAACAGUUUAGAAGAAUUGCCAACUUCUAUUUCCUGAUCAUCUUCCUCGUGCAGGUUAUAGUGGACACCCCAACCAGCCCAGUGACCAGUGGCCUCCCGCUCUUCUUUGUCAUCACUGUCACAGCUAUCAAACAGGGGUACGAGGACUGGCUGAGGCACAGAGCUGACAAUGAAGUGAACAAGAGCAAUGUCUUCGUUGUCGAAAAUGCAAAGCAAGUGCGGAAAGAGAGUGAAAAAAUCAAGGUUGGUGACAUAGUAGAAGUGAAAGCAGAUGAGACUUUCCCCUGUGACUUGAUAUUUUUGGCCUCCAGCAGCAUUGAUGGGACCUGUUAUGUCACUACAGCGAGUCUUGAUGGCGAGUCCAAUUUCAAGACUCACUACGCAGUGCGGGAUACCACCGUGCUCUGUACAGAUGAAGCCAUCGACACCCUCACUGCCACCAUCGAGUGUGAACAGCCACAGCCUGACCUCUACAAAUUUGUUGGAAGAAUUAUCAUCUACAGAAGUAACCAGGAGCCUGUAGCCAGGUCUUUGGGUCCUGAAAACCUGUUGCUGAAAGGUGCUACCCUCAAAAAUACCAAGAAGAUUUAUGGAGUUGCAGUUUAUACUGGAAUGGAGACGAAAAUGGCUCUGAACUACCAAGGGAAAUCUCAGAAACGGUCUGCAGUGGAAAAAUCUAUCAACGCUUUCUUGAUAGUGUAUUUGUGCAUCCUAUUGAGCAAGGCCACUGUGUGCACGACUCUGAAAUACGUCUGGCAGAGUAAUCCAUUUAAUGAUGAGCCUUGGUACAAUGAAAAGACUAAAAAAGAGAGAGAGACAUUCAAGGUCUUGCGGAUGUUCACGGACUUCCUGUCAUUUAUGGUUCUCUUCAAUUUUAUUAUCCCAGUCUCCAUGUAUGUUACAGUAGAGAUGCAGAAGUUCUUGGGCUCCUUCUUCAUCUCUUGGGACAAGGAGAUGUACGACGAAGAAAUAAAAGAGGGAGCGUUGGUGAACACCUCAGACCUGAACGAAGAGCUUGGGCAGGUGGAGUAUGUCUUCACGGACAAAACUGGUACCCUGACAGAGAACAGCAUGGAGUUCAUCGAGUGCUGCAUUGAUGGGCACAAGUACAAAGACUGCAUGUCAGAGGUGGAUGGCUUCUCUCAGACUGAUGGACUCCCAAAAUACUAUGGCAAGGCAGAAAAGAGCCGCGAGGAGCUGUUCCUGCGGGCCCUCUGCCUGUGCCACACGGUUCAGAUCAAGGAAGCAGACCAGGUGGAUGGGCUGAUAGGACACCCAGAGCGCAAAUACACCUACAUCUCCUCUUCCCCAGAUGAAAUCGCUUUGGUGAAAGGCGCAGAAAAGUAUGGUUUCACUUUUCUAGGACUUGAAAACGAUUUCAUGAAAAUACGAAACCAAAAGAAUGAAACUGAGAUGUACCAACUUCUCCACGUGUUGAACUUUGACCCUGUCCGUCGCCGUAUGAGUGUCAUUGUGAGAACCACCACAGGAAAGUUACUUCUCUUCUGUAAAGGAGCAGACUCCUCUAUUUUUCCAAGGGUGCAGCAAGAAGAAAUCCAACAAACAAAAGUCCAUGUGGACCGCAAUGCUAUGGAUGGCUAUCGAACGCUCUGCGUGGCCUUCAAAGAAUUAACUCAAAAGGAGUAUGACAAAAUUGACAGACAGCUCAAUGAAGCUAAGAUGGCUCUGCAGGACAGGGAGGAGAAGAUGGCCAAGGUUUUUGACGACACAGAAGCAGACAUGCACCUGAUUGGGGCUACUGCUGUAGAAGACAGGCUGCAGGAGCAGUUGGCAGAGACGAUCGAAGCUCUGCACGCAGCUGGCAUGAAGGUUUGGGUGCUGACAGGAGACAAGAUGGAAACUGCCAAAUCCACCUGCUACGCCUGCAGGCUCUUCCAGACCAGCACUGAGCUGCUGGAGCUAACAGCAAGGACUGUGGGUGAGAGUGAAAGGAAGGAGGAUCGGCUCCAUGAGCUGCUGAUGGAGUACCAUAAAAAGCUGAUUCAGGAUGUUCCCAAAACCCGGGGAGGCCUGAAGAGAAGCUGGACGUUGAGUCAAGAGUACGGACUGAUUAUAGAUGGCUCGACGCUGUCGCUGAUACUCAACCCUUCUCAGGACUCUGGUUCUAGCAAUUACAAAAACAUAUUUCUACAAAUCUGCUUGAAGUGCACUGCAGUCCUCUGCUGCCGGAUGGCUCCUUUGCAGAAAGCACAGAUUGUGCGAAUGGUGAAGAACACAAAAGGAAGCCCGAUAACCCUCUCCAUAGGGGAUGGUGCAAAUGAUGUUAGUAUGAUUUUGGAAGCACAUGUUGGAAUAGGUAUAAAAGGCAAAGAAGGACGGCAGGCUUCCAGAAACAGCGACUAUGCUGUGCCAAAGUUUAAACAUUUAAGAAAACUGCUACUAGCACAUGGGCAUUUAUAUUAUGUGAGAAUAGCACACCUUGUACAGUAUUUCUUCUAUAAGAACCUUUGCUUCAUUUUACCGCAAUUUUUAUACCAGUUCUUCUGUGGAUUCUCACAGCAGCCACUGUAUGAUGCUGCUUAUCUGACCAUGUACAACAUCUGCUUCACAUCACUACCUAUCCUGGCUUACAGCCUCCUGGAGCAGCACAUCAGCAUCGACACGCUGACCUCGGAUCCUCAGCUGUACAUGAAGGUUUCAGAUAAUGCAAUGCUGCAGUGGAGGCCGUUCCUGUACUGGACCUUUCUGGGCGCUUUUGAAGGACUCGUGUUUUUCUUUGGGGUUUAUUUUCUGUUUCAGAAUUCAUCGUUGGAAGAUAACGGAAAGAUUUUUGGGAACUGGACCUUUGGGACGAUUGUUUUCACCGUGCUGGUGUUCACUGUCACUCUGAAGCUAGCGUUAGAUACCCGAUUCUGGACGUGGAUGAACCACUUUGUGAUUUGGGGAUCCCUUGCCUUCUACGUGUUUUUCUCAUUCUUUUGGGGAGGAGUCAUUUGGCCUUUCUUGAAGCAGCAAAGAAUGUAUUUUGUAUUUGCUCAUAUGCUGACUUCUGUUUCCACAUGGCUGGCAAUAAUUCUCCUGAUCUUUAUCAGCCUUUUCCCAGAAAUUCUUCUAAUAGUUUUAAAAAAUAUAAAAGAGAAAAAUCAUCAGGCUGGCCCCUUUGAUCUGCCUGUGUUAGUCUCAUACAAACGUAUAGAGAAUGGUUAUGUGAAGACUGAAGAUGCUGUUACUAAUUUGGCAGAAAGAUAUCCUCUCAGGAUACUUUAAAGUGCUCCAUAAACACUGCGUAUUGUCAUGCUGUAGGACAAAACCCAUGGUUUUAACCUAACAGUUCUUUUUGAUAUUACCAAGGACUGUAAGCAGCCAUGCUGAAAGAGCAGCAGCCAGGGCACUGGCCCCACGGUACCUGUUUGUCUUUGGUCUUGUGGUUUCCCCACCCUCCCAGAACAACAAUUCUGCCAAAUUCUACGUCAUUGGAGGCUGAGAAAGCAUCUUUAGAAAUUCAUCCAAAAUGGCAUGAAUCAAAGUGCAAGAGUGCAGUGCCAGCCCCAUUUCACACGGGGGCUUCCUCUGCCCACUGCAGAUCUGAGAGCAGCAGAGAGCUGCUCAAGUCUCUUGCUCUCCUGACCAAAGAAGUAGCACAGACUUAAACCCAGUAACAGCCCCAUCUGACUCCCUGAAGGCACUGAGGAAAGCCUGCUCCUCUCCCAUGGAAUCUGGAUGCAGCCCUGAGAGCAUCUCUCCUGGUGCUGGGGCUGCGAUCCCUCGGCAGGGGCUGCCCCCUCCCAGCCGUGGGUGCCAGAUGCACGUGGCAGAAUUACUUGAAAAUUCGGGAGAAAUCUUUGCUGAUCCCUCCUCCAGGUAUGGCUGGAAGCAGUCUGUGGGCUGCCCACAGCGAUGGUGUCCGUGUGGAGACCUGCAGUGCUGGGAAGCACCUGAGCAUCCUCCCACGACCGGUUUGCUGAUGGAUUUAUUCCUGCUGGAGGGUGAAGAAGAGGUUGUUCUGUGGCUGUUCAUGAUGGAAGGAAGCUUUUGUGGGGGAGGAAGGAAUCCCAAAAGUUGGACUGUGGCAGACUCUGAGCCUCUCUGCCCAGGCUCCUGUGGCUGUGCUUACAUUACUGCACUGUGCAGUCGCUCCAACACUUUAAAGGCCCAAGUGACAGUGCAGUCCUUGGCUGAUCCCAGGGACAUGAGAUGUGCCUGUGAACCUACAGGUGUAUAAAACUACAUCUUGAGUUAUUUGCACUAAGAAAAAAGAAGCCAGUUUAAAAAUAAAAGGAAUACAUGAACCCGAUUUCAUUUUACAUUUUAUUUGGUUUUUAAAUUGGCAUGUUCUUUUGAAAUCUACCUGUACCAUGGUCGUAGGAAUUUUUCUCUUUAGGUCAUGCACAGCAGAGGUGAGAUGCCUGACUCUCAAUAUUUUUAUUUUUUUUUUUCCUCUGAUACUUCCUAUGUGGCAAGAGCAGCUUUUUUUGUUGUGUUAAGUCAUAAGCAGUGACAGAGCACCCUGUGUGCCACCGCGGGUUGGUGUGACGGUCCCUCCCUCGUGCCGAUUUCCCCCGGCCCCGGCGCUCUUCGGAGUGGGGCAGAGGAACUACUGUGAGAAGCUUCAAGUCUCAUUUCAGAAGCAACAAGCUCUACGCUGCUGCUGGGUUUGGCUCCCGCUCGCUCAGGCUUCGUGUCAUUUACAUACAAUUAAACAGUUUGGGACUAGAUGGAAUGUUCCCCUCACCAAAUUUUGUUAAACUGCAGACUACUGAUUUUUUGGAAGAAUCGAGUCUCGCUCUCUGGCUGCCACCCCUGUGGUCUGUCUUCAACUGGUGCAGAUCAGCUG